CAUUAAUGAGCAAUACACAUAACAGCACAGUUGAAUCUGAGCAUAAUGUUAAGUGUAAGUAGCCAAAACAAAAGGUUACAUACUAUAUGAUUCCAUUUAUACAAUAUUCUUGUAAAGCAAAAACAGGAGCAGAGAACAGACCAGGGCUUUCCACCCUUGACUAUAUAUAAUGGAUGUGAACUAGAUGAGGAAUAUCAACACCUUCAGAAGUGUUAGGGGUAAAAUUAUAAUGUCUGUUGCAUAGUAUGAAAACCAGUUACUCCCCCCGCCUCUCCACGCCCCAUAAUUUUAUGGUCCUAAUGAAAUUCCAAGUUGAAUGGACAAUGAGAGGAUUUGAACACCGGUCAAAACAAGACUGGCGCUUCCCUCCGCGGUAACUGGAGCGAUUUGAGAGUCUCGCCUUCACUUCCUCACAUGGGAUUUCACCUUGCAGAGGAAGACUGGGUUUUCGCCCUUGUCUAGUCCCGGGCGGACCUCGCAGCCCGGGCGCAGCAGCUCCGGAGCGCGGUGAGUGCAAGAGCCCGAGGCUGACUCUGUCCCCCUGCCGGGCGCUGAUGCCGGGCGGCCCACGGGGAGGUGUGCGCGGAGCCCGCGACCUCGGACAGACUCGAAGGCGGGCUGGCCUGACGCGCCACCGGGCUCACCGCCUAACUCCAGUGCCUCAGAGGCGCUGUGGGCUCCGCCGCCGCCUCCACUGCCCGAUGGCGAGGCUCCGGGAUUGCCUGCCCCGCCUGAUGGUCACGAUUCGGUCGCUGCUCUUCUGGUCCCUGAUCUACUGCUACUGCGGGCUCUGCACCUCCAUCUACCUGCUUAAACUUUUGUGGAGCAUCGGCAAGGGACCUGCGCAGACCUUCCGGAGGGUCUCCCGGGAACACCCUCCCCCAUGCUUGAACGACCCUUCCUUGGGUACCCACUGCUACGUAAGGAUCAAGGAUUCGGGGUUAAGAUUUCAUUAUGUUGCUGCUGGAGAAAGAGGCAAACCACUUAUGCUGCUACUUCAUGGAUUUCCAGAAUUCUGGUAUUCUUGGCGUCACCAGCUAAGGGAAUUUAAAAGUGAAUACCGAGUUGUAGCACUGGAUUUGAGAGGCUAUGGCGAAACAGAUGCUCCCAUUCAUCGAGAGAAUUAUAAAUUGGACUGUCUAAUUACAGAUAUAAGAGAUAUUUUAGACUCUUUAGGCUAUAGCAAAUGUGUUCUUAUUGGCCAUGACUGGGGCGGCAUGAUUGCUUGGCUGUUUGCCAUCUGUUAUCCAGAAAUGGUGAUGAAGCUUAUUGUUAUUAACUUCCCUCAUCCAAAUGUAUUUACAGAAUACAUUUUACAACACCCUGCUCAGCUGUUCAAAUCCGGCUAUUAUUACUUCUUCCAAAUACCAUGGUUCCCAGAAUUUAUGUUCUCAAUAAAUGAUUUCAAGGCUUUGAAACACCUGUUUACCAGCCAUAGCACUGGCAUUGGAAGAAAAGGAUUUCGAUUAACAACAGAAGAUCUUGAAGCUCAUAUUUAUGUAUUUUCCCAGCCUGGAGCAUUAAGUGGUCCAAUUAACCAUUACCGAAAUAUCUUCAGCUGCCUGCCGCUCAAACAUCACAUGGUGACCACUCCGACACUGCUGCUGUGGGGAGAGAAAGACACAUUUAUGGAGGCUGAGAUGGCUGAAGUCACAAAGACUUAUGUUAAAAACUAUUUCAGGCUAAUUAUUUUGUCAGAAGCCAGCCAUUGGCUUCAGCAGGAACAACCUGACAUAGUGAACAAAUUGAUCUGGACAUUUCUGAAAGAAGAAACAAGAAAAAAAGAUUGACUUUCUAUAUCUUGUAUGAGGGGUCUGUAAUAAAAUGUCUAAGUGAUUUUUUAAAAUUGUUCAUCAACUUCUUUAACCUUCACUAGGAAAAAUUGUUUUAACAUGCUUUAUUAUAAAUAAGUAUCCUGACAAAUGUUACUGAAAAAAAUCUGAGAACGUGUAUGAAUUUGUAACAUAAUGUUGAUUUUCUUCUGUUGUAUUUCACACAGAAAAACACCUUCCUUAAAAUGUAUACACUUGUACAGAAAGGAAGUUGGAGAAAGGCUCAGUUUUGGUUUCUUGCAUUCUUUACCCUGUUAACAUAUAGUGCCUUUUACAUAUGCAUGUUAAAGUUUAGCCAUAUUGAAAGGCAAA